GCACCGACAAAAGACGCUGGAAUCAAAUACUAGAAAUAGAAAAUUCUGCAAAGAGGGCUUUUAUAUCUAUUUAUUCGCGCCAAAGCAUUCAGCACCAUGGACAGCGUCAAAGCAGCGGUAUAUCUCAGUGUUUGCCUGUCGCUGUUGUGCGCCUGCCGAGGUCAGAUGUCACCGGACAACCAACUGUCCUCGUAUGAGGAGCAGUUCAUCAAAAGAGACAUGGCUGAGGCGCUCGGGGACCUUUUGGAUGGAGAUCAGGACAAUCGGAUAUAUGUGGAGAAAAAAGCUAGCGUCAUACCAAGGUGCGACGUGGGUGAGCGCUGCGCCAUGAAGCAUGGACCACGCAUCGGGCGACUGUGUGAUUGUCUGCGUGGAACCUCAUGCAACACAUUCUUCUUGCGCUGCUACUGAUGGAGCUCGCGCGACUCUCUUCCUCCUCAGGCAGCACUGUGCAAAGAACUCAUGACACCAAGGCUUGCGACACCUCAUCCGUUUAACGGUUACAUUCUACAUGUGAAACUACAUACUGUAGGUGAUGUACUGUAUUGAUACUGCUGUAUUGUUCGUAAUUUGCAUAUAAGACAUAUUAAUGAUCAAACGUGCAUAUUUUUGUUAAUAAAAUGUAUUUAAUGCUCACUGUUGCGCAUAUUGCAACUGUAAGUUUAUAAUGUACAUAUGUUCAAAUUAAAUCGUAAAACAUCGGUAGAAAAAUCUGAAUGGAAGUGUAUCAUUCCA